CCUAGUAGAGUGACAUCAUUUAGCGGUUUUAGGAGUAAGUUUGCCAACACAGCCGACUAUGAUUCUGACUUUUAGCGUUUAUGCACUGAAUAAAGGGGGUGCGACGAGUAGGCUACUUCCUCAACUCUAGCUAGGGUAGCCUACUGAGUACCCACGUGAAGCAGAGCUACGCAGAUAACUCAUUUAUUGUUUUUAGUAGACUACCUUCUCUUCUUACAAUGACUUCUAUGUCAGCUUGGAUAUGGAGUGAGAGCUUUUGGCUUCCACCAAAUGUUACUUGGGCGGACCUCGAGCAUCCACCGCCCGGAGAAGAGUUUCCCAGACCGGGCCACAUCCUCACUGCUUUACCGCUGGCCAUCGGUGUACUUGCGGUCAGGGUGAUCUUUGAGAGGCUUGUGGCCAAGCCUUGUGCCCACAUACUUCAGAUUCAGGCAGGAGCUAGUCGGCGAGCUCAGCCCAAUGCUCUCUUGGAGAGGGUGUUUACAUCCACAACGUCACCAGAUUCACGACGUGUGGAGGGUCUCUCAAAGCAGUUGGACUGGGACACAAGGAAAAUCCAGAGAUGGUUUCGCCUCCGGCGGAACCAGGACAAACCACCUACCCUCACAAAGUUUUGUGAGAGCAUGUGGAGGCUUACAUUCUAUCUGGGCAUUUUCAUCUAUGCAAUACGCUAUCUAUGGGUGUCUCCUUGGAUGUGGGACACACGACAAUGCUGGUACAACUACCCCUUUCAGACCCUGAGUCCAGGCCAGUACAACUACUACAUGGCUGAGCUGGCGUUCUACUGGUCUCUAAUGCUCUCUCAGUUCACUGACAUCAAAAGGAAGGAUUUCCUGAUUAUGUUGAUCCACCACCUGGCCACCAUAACACUCAUCACCUUCUCCUAUGCUAACAACAUGCUGCGAGCAGGCACUCUAGUCAUGUGCGUGCACGAUGCAUCAGACAUCUUGCUGGAGGCUGCCAAGCUGGCAAACUAUGCCAAGUACCAGAGGCUCUGUGAUGGCCUGUUUGUGUUGUUCAGUAUCAUCUUCUUCAUCACACGACUUGUCAUCUAUCCCUUUUGGGUCAUACAUAGUGUUUUGGUGGAGAGCUGGGAGAUCAUUGGACCCUACCAGUCCUGGUGGUUAUUGAACGGGCUGCUACUGGUCCUGCAGGUUCUACACGUCUUCUGGUUCUACCUGAUUGCUCGCAUUGCCAUAAAGGCUUUAUUCAAGGGAAAGGUGUCAAAGGAUGACCGCAGUGACAUUGAGAGCAGUUCGGAAGAGGAGACCGACACCAGUAGCAGGAACAAGACUCGCCUGAGCACUGAGCCUUCCAAUGGACACGUGCCCACUGGCGCAGGGACACAUGAGCACUGAACACUGGGAAAGGACAGAGUGAUUAGAAGGACCUCCUGUGGGACGUCGGGAGGCUGAAAGGAACCGACACUGGAUCGUACUGCUGCCUUGACAACCGCUAUUUUCCAGUGUGUUUCUUUGGAUCAAGUUUACAGCUGCCUAUGCACGAAUAGGAAAUGGAGAAGGAUAAAUAUUUUGUAGCGGUUUUACAGGUCAAUACUGCUUCCCCCUCUGCAAGGAGUAUUUCGAUAUUUUUUAUUUGAUGAGUAAGAGCUUUAUGAGUAGGGAUAAUAUGUUGUGGGAGAUUUACUGUACGUGCCUUACUGAAUAUGCUGCCUCCUCACCUGAGGACAAAAACCAAAUACAAUGUAUACUUUUCUCAUUAAAAUUAUUUAAUCAAA